UUCUCCACCUCUAUUUUUCGUUCAACGAUUUUAUUUUGAUUCAUUUUAGUUUCGUGUCAGCUUGAAUUGAGUUAAAAAUUGGAAGCCCUGUGCCGGGUCAAAUCCACAUCAAAAUUAUCUAAAUUCAGAGUGUGUGCCCCCCAGAGCCGGACGAGUGCGUGUCGCCAGGGAAACGGUUGGAGUCCAAAACCAAAAAAAAAAGAGACCAACAACCAAAAUAAAUCGUAGAGGGUGUGCGCUUUCAGUCUCUGACGAAAUCCAGAGAUAAUUCCAGCAAAAAGAGCAAGCAUUUUCAGCCAGGUGAGCAGUCACAGACCCAGUGCCCACCAAGCAGUCCCGAAGUAGCAGCAGCAGCAGUUAUUACCAUUCCGACAUCAUGACCAGCGAGGCGAAUACACCAGUCCUGCGCAACUGCAUCCGGUUGCCGCUGGCCGAGGACGAAUUGCUGGAAGUGACCGCCAAGGCCAAGGACUACGCCAUCAUGCACGGCGCUGCUAUGCGCUCCAAGACAGCCUUCAGUCCCGACUCCUUGAACUUUGCUCCGUUCGUGCUGGUGCCGUCGUCGUUUCCGCGCAAAGAGUUCGAGAAGGCCGUGGCCCUGCAGCCCAUCAUCAACCGGCUGAUGCACAACGUGGCCCACGACGAAGAGUUCAUCACCACCACCCUGGCGGAGACGAUUAAAGUGGACGAGUUCACAGCGAAUCUGUUCAACAUCUACCGGAAGGUUCUGGCCCACGGCUUCACCCAGAAAAUAUCACUGGGAAUGCUGCGGAGCGACCUAAUGCUGGAGUCCGGCUGUCCGGAGCUCUCGCCCCGUGCAUUUAGAUCGAAAGCUGGUGCAGAUGAGGCUGGAACUGCUGCUGCUGCUGCUGUUGUUGGGACGGAAACUGAUGGGACUGUAGGUGGCACUGGCGAGGACAAGGAGAAGAAGAUCAAGAAGGAGAUGGUGGCGGCGGCGGCGGAGCGGGCGAAGAAUGAUCGAAGGGAGCUGCAGUUGAGCCAGGCCACCACAGAGCAGAAGAUGAAGGCGAAGGGCGUACCAUCGGCGUACUGCUGCUGGAAACAAGUCGAGAUCAAUACGAUAGCUUCGGGCUUUGGCCAUUUGGGACCAGCAAGUAAAACCAUACAAAGAUUCGUACUCAGCGAGCUGGGACACGCCGAUAAGCUGAAGAAUAUGCCCCAAAACAACGCCCUGGCAGGACUCUGCGACGGAAUGGUCAAGGCCUGGGACAUCUACGCCCGGCCCAACGCAGUGAUCCUGUUCAUCAUCGAGGACGUGUCGUACAAUAUCUGCGACCAGCGAUUCCACGAGUUCUACAUCCGCGAGACCUAUCCGCAUAUCAAGGUCCUGCGUCGCACCCUCAGCGACGUCCACCGCGAAGGAAAGCUGGGCCAGAACAAGGAGCUGCUGCUUGGUCAGCAGGAGGUGGCCGUGAUCUAUUUCCGUGCUGGCUACGAGCCUGGCCACUAUCACUCGCAGGCGGAGUGGGAUGCCCGCUACCUCAUGGAGACCUCGUUGGCCAUCAAGUGUCCCUCGAUCCAUUACCAUUUGGCGGGCACAAAGAAGGUGCAGCAGGCCCUGGCCCAGCCGGCGGUGCUGGAGCGUUUCAUUAACGAUCCGGAGGAAAUCAAGGCCGUGGGCAAGAUCUUUACCGGACUGUAUUCGUUGGACGACAACGAGGCGGGCAAUGCCUCCUACGAGAUGGCCCUGAAGACGCCGGAGAAGUUUGUGCUGAAGCCGCAGCGCGAGGGUGGUGGCAACAACGUCUACGGCGUAGAUAUUCCGGAUGCCCUGAAGCGCAUGUCUCGUGUGGAACGCUCUGCUUGGAUCCUGAUGGAUCUUAUCCAUCCACCACUCACCAAGGGCUAUAUGGUGCGUCCUGGUGCCGAGAUGCCGCCCCAGAUCGUGGACAUGGUCUCAGAGCUGGGCAUCUUCGGAGUGGUGAUCGGCGAUGCGGAUAACAUUGUGCACAACUACCAGGCGGGUCAUAUGCUCCGGACCAAGCUCUCCACCGCCAACGAGGGCGGCGUGGCGGCCGGCUUAGGUGCUCUGGACAGUCCCUAUCUGAUCGAUAGCGACGACGAAGAGGAGCAGUAGUAGUGGACCAGAUAGAGGUGAUCCCAAUCCGGCAUUCCACCAUGUGGCCUCAAUUGUGUAUAAAGAUUUAUUUUUUUGUAGAGUGUGUUGUACAUUAUUUUUUUUACUUAAUCUCGAUUGCAAUAAACCAACUGUAAAGCUA